GUGGCUCGGCAUCCCCGCUCACUUUGCAUUUGAUUUUCUUUUUGCUUUCUGGACGGGAGAGGUGGAAGAGGUUGAUCCGGGAGGCGCUAGGCUAGCAGCUCGCUUCCCCGGGUUCCAGCGCCGGGUGGUGGCGGUGCUGGUGGUGGCGAGGGCAACUCGGCGCCGAGCGCGCGGGGAAGUGGGGACCUGUGGUGGUGGCCCGGGACCAAUCAGCCAGCCAGCCAGCUCCAGCCGAGGGAGCCUCCUCGCUCUGCAAGCAGAAGAACUUAUUCAACAAGUUUGCUGUACCUCCACCCCACCCCCCUCCUCAACUUGCCCUUUGCUUUCCCUCCCCCCUCCUCUCUCUCUCGUUUUAUUUUUCGAUGUGCGUUUUCGGACAUGCGGAGGUUACUGGAACCGUGUUGGUGGAUUUUGUUCCUGAAAAUCACCAGUUCCGUGCUCCAUUAUGUCGUGAGCUUCCCGGCAUUGACCGAAGGCUACGUCGGGGCCCUGCAGGCGGACAGACACGGCAGCUCCGCGCAGAUUCGCAGGCGCAAGGCUUCGGGAGACCCGUACUGGGCCUACUCGGGUGCUUAUGGCCCUGAGCACUGGGUCACGUCGAGCGUCAGCUGUGGGGGCCGUCACCAGUCUCCUAUAGACAUCUUGGACCACCAUGCACGCGUUGGGGAAGAGUACCAGGAGCUGCAGCUGGAUGGCUUUGACAAUGAGUCUUCUAACAAAACGUGGAUGAAGAACACAGGGAAAACAGUCGCCAUCCUUCUGAAAGAUGACUACUUCAUCAGUGGGGCCGGGCUGCCCGGCAGGUUCAAAGCCGAGAAAGUGGAAUUUCACUGGGGCCACAGCAACGGCUCCGCGGGCUCGGAGCACAGCGUCAACGGCCGGAGGUAUCCAGUGGAGAUGCAGAUCUUCUUUUACAACCCCGACGACUUUGACAGCUUUCAAACGGCCAUUUCUGAGAACAGAAUCAUCGCGGCCAUGGCCACAUUCUUCCAAGUCAGUCCAAGGGACAAUUCUGCAUUGGAUCCUAUUAUCCAUGGGCUGAAGGGCGUCGUACAUCACGAGAAGGAGACCUUCCUGGAUCCUUUCAUGCUCCGCGACCUCCUGCCCGCAUCCCUGGGGAGUUACUACAGAUACGCGGGCUCCUUGACCACCCCUCCGUGUAGUGAGAUCGUCGAGUGGAUUGUCUUCCGGAAGCCUGUCCCCAUCUCCUACCAUCAGCUCGAAGCUUUUUAUUCCAUCUUUACCACGGAGCAGCAAGACCACGUCAAGUCGGUGGAGUACCUGAGAAAUAACUUCCGACCGCAGCAGCCUCUGAAUGACAGGGUGGUGUCCAAGUCGGCCGUCCGUGAUGCCUGGAACCAUGACCUGGCCGACUUCUUGGAAAACCCGCUGGGGACAGAAGCUUCAAAAGUCUGCAGCUCUGCGCCCAUCCACAUGAAGGUACAGCCCCUGAACGGCACGGCGCUGCAGGUGUCCUGGAGCCAGCCAGAAACCGUCUACCACCCACCCAUCAUGAGCUACAUGGUCUCCUACAGCUGGACCAAAAAUGAGGACGAGAAGGAGAAGACCUUCACCAAGGACAGCGACAAGGACUUGAAAGCCACCAUUAGCCACGUCUCACCGGAUAGCCUUUACCUCUUCCGAGUCCAGGCCGUGUGUCGCAAUGACAUGCGCAGUGACUUCAGCCAGACGAUGCUCUUUCAAGCUAAUACUACCCGGAUAUUCCAAGGGACCAGGAUUGUGAAAACAGGCGUGCCCACAGCCUCUCCUGCCUCUUCAGCGGACAUGGCCCCCAUCAGCUCCGGGUCUUCCACUUGGACAUCCUCCGGCAUCCCCUUCUCAUUUGUUUCCAUGGCAACCGGCAUGGGCCCCUCCUCCAGCGGCAGCCAAGCCACGGUGGCCUCUGUGGUCACCAGCACGCUGCUGGCCGGCCUGGGCUUCGGCGGCGGCGGCAUCUCCUCCUUCCCCAGCCCCGUGUGGCCCACGCGCCUCCCCACGGCCCCGGCGGCCAGCAAGCAGGCAGGGAGGCCCGUCCUUGCCACUACGGAGGCCUUGGCUUCUCCGGGGCCCGAAGGCGACUCGUCCCCCAGCGAGGACAGCCAGGGCACCCAGGAAGGGGAGAAGGACGAGAAAAGCGAGAGUGAGGAUGGAGAACGGGAUCAGGAGGAGGAAGGAGAGAAGGACUCAGAGAAGAAGGAGAAGAGCGAGGUGGCCCAGGCCACCGAGGAGGGCCAGAAGCCCGCCCCCAGCCCCAGGCCCUCCUCUCCCCACAGGACUGCGGGCGAGGGUGGGCACCGGACUAUACCCGGGCACGGGCAGAACCACACUGCCACCCCCACCGAGAAGCCUGGCCGUGCUGCCCCAGGCUUGGACCCCCACACGGCCACUGCCACCCAAGUGCCCCCAACCGCCACAGAGGAGCAACAUGAAGGGAGUGAUCCCAGAAGGCCCGGAAUGCCAUCUGAAAAGCCCAUGUCCCGAGGGGACCGGUUUUCUGAGGAUAGCAAAUUUAUCACUGCUAACCCAGCGGAAAAGAGCUCCUCUGGAGUGUUCGAGCACCCCGCCCCGGGGAGGAUGGACUGGAUCAUCCCUCUGAUUGUGGUUUCAGCCUUGACCUUCGUGUGCCUCAUCCUUCUCAUCGCCGUGCUGGUCUACUGGAGAAAAUGUUUUCAGACUGCUCACUUCUAUGUAGAAGAUAGCAACUCCCCUCGGGUGGUCCCCAAUGAGAGUAUUCCCAUCACCCCUAUCCCAGAUGACAUGGAAGCCAUUCCUGUCAAACAGUUUGUUAAACACAUCGGUGAGCUGUAUUCUAAUAACCAGCAUGGCUUCUCAGAGGAUUUUGAGGAAGUCCAGCGCUGUGCCGCUGACGUGAACAUCACCGCAGAGCAUUCCAACCACCCGGAUAACAAGCACAAAAACAGAUACAUCAACAUUUUAGCAUAUGAUCAUAGUAGGGUGAAGCUAAGACCUUUGCCGGGGAAAGACUCUAAGCACAGUGACUAUAUCAACGCCAACUAUGUGGACGGUUACAACAAGGCGAAAGCCUACAUUGCCACCCAGGGACCUUUAAAGUCCACGUUUGAAGAUUUCUGGAGGAUGAUUUGGGAACAAAAUACUGGAAUCAUUGUCAUGAUCACGAACCUUGUGGAGAAAGGAAGGCGAAAAUGUGAUCAGUACUGGCCAACAGAGAACAGUGAGGAGUACGGAAGCAUCAUCGUCACACUGAAGAGCACAAAAGUCCACGCCUGCUACACCAUCCGGCGUUUCUCAAUCAGAAAUACUAAAGUGAAAAAGGGCCAGAAAGGAAAUGCCAAGGGCCGGCAGAACGAGCGGACAGUGAUCCAGUACCACUACACGCAGUGGCCUGACAUGGGCGUCCCCGAGUAUGCCCUUCCGGUCCUGACCUUCGUGAGGCGGUCCUCGGCAGCCCAAAUGCCAGACAUGGGCCCCGUGCUGGUACAUUGCAGCGCCGGUGUGGGCAGGACAGGCACGUACAUAGUCCUCGACAGCAUGCUCCAGCAGAUCAAGGACAAAAGCACAGUGAAUGUCUUGGGAUUCCUGAAGCACAUCAGGACACAGCGCAACUACCUCGUGCAGACGGAGGAGCAGUACAUCUUCAUCCACGACGCCUUGUUGGAAGCCAUUCUCGGAAAGGAGACGGAAGUGUCUUCAAGUCAGCUGCACAGCUACGUCAACUGCAUCCUCAUACCCGGAGUGGGGGGAAAGACGCGGCUGGAGAAACAGUUCAAGCUGGUCACACAAUGUAAUGCAAAAUACGUGGAAUGCUUUAGUGCUCAGAAAGAGUGCAACAAAGAGAAGAACAGGAACUCUUCUGUCGUGCCAUCUGAGCGUGCCCGAGUGGGGCUUGCACCACUGCCUGGAAUGAAAGGAACAGAUUACAUUAAUGCUUCUUAUAUCAUGGGCUAUUAUAGGAGCAACGAAUUUAUCAUAACCCAGCAUCCUCUGCCGCACACCACGAAAGACUUCUGGCGAAUGAUCUGGGAUCACAACGCACAGAUCAUCGUCAUGCUGCCAGACAACCAGAGCUUGGCAGAAGAUGAGUUUGUGUACUGGCCAAGUCGAGAAGAGUCCAUGAACUGCGAGGCCUUUACCGUCACCCUCAUCAGCAAAGACAGACUGUGCCUCUCUAACGAAGAGCAGAUCAUAAUCCAUGACUUCAUCCUUGAAGCCACGCAGGAUGACUACGUGCUAGAGGUGCGGCACUUCCAGUGCCCCAAGUGGCCCAACCCGGAUGCCCCCAUAAGCAGCACCUUUGAGCUGAUAAACGUCAUCAAGGAAGAGGCCUUAACACGGGACGGCCCCACCAUUGUCCACGAUGAGUACGGAGCAGUUUCGGCAGGAAUGUUGUGUGCCCUUACCACCCUGUCCCAGCAGCUGGAGAAUGAAAAUGCCGUGGACGUUUUCCAGGUGGCGAAAAUGAUCAAUCUUAUGAGACCUGGAGUCUUCACAGACAUCGAACAGUACCAGUUUGUGUACAAAGCAAUGCUCAGUUUGGUCAGCACGAGAGAAAACGGGAGCGGUCCCACGACCGUGGACAGAAACGGCGCCGUGCUCGCGGCGGACGAGUCGGACCCGGCCGAGAGCAUGGAGUCUCUGGUGUGACCGGCGCCCCGGAGGGCUCCUGACUUUGUACACGUCCGAGGACUGGGAACUUUCUUGAGGCCUUUUUUUUUUUUUUUUUUUUUGCCAGACUCUAGGUUAUACAAUAACCCAGUUACUUUUUUACACUGAUAAAAAGUUUUGAUAUUUAUUUUUUGCCAUUUUCUGUCUUAAUGGUAUCCUACUGAGCGUUUGCACCUCUGUUCUUUCACACGGUGAGCCGCGACCUUGCCCAGUUUGCACUCUAUGACCAGUGUUACUGCCUGUCGUGGAUAACUGGAGCGAACCCUGACGGGACAUGCCAUGACUACAUACAUGCUACUUUUAGUUCGGCACAGUGGAGGUCCGUGUUGUUGCCGUGAACCUCGGUUUUGUCAUUAUUGCUAAAGCAGUCACGUUCCACGAGCAGGCAAUCUGUUCUCUGCUGGGUCCCCUCCUCUGGGAUGUAGGCACUGCUCAGUCCUACAUGCCUGCUGCAUUCCAGUGCACUGGUUAGGAAUGGUUUCCUGUUACCGGCCUGCAGGUCACUGGGAGUUCCAGAGAAGGUCUGCCGGCACCAGGGCCUUGGGAUGGUCCCACUCUGAUGUCUGAAAGGUCACUAAGAAACCGGAGGGCUUCAGACUUGCUCCAUGUGACAUCUAUUAGUUGCCAGUUCAUAUUCACAGCUUACAAAUGUGUCAAAAUAAAGGAUAACUGUAUUACAGAUUUCACAGUA